GUUUUGUUUACACCACCAGCUGCACGUGUGUGGGUGCGCCUCAACCGUGCUCCUCAAUCUCAAUAGGCUCACUUACUUGUCGAGUUUUAGUGAAUUCCUUUGCACAAUGGGCAAGGCUGACAGGAUAGUAGUGACCAAGCGAGUCCGCCAUGCUCCUCUGGCCGAUCAGAUGGAGUCCGACGAAGUUGUCACCGGUUCAGGACGGACGAAGAACCGCCGGAAAAAGGACUCCGACGUUACCAACGAUGAGUAUGUGGGAUCACGGCUCAGUAAGAACAUAUUAGCGCAAGCCCGGCAGCAGCAGCAAGCUCUAGAAGAGUCUCAUGAAACUCCUGAAGACUCCGACCGAGGACGGAGAUCCCAUAAGCGAGAUCGGAUGCAGACUUCAACAUUAGCAUCCGAUUCUGAAGGGGAGGACUUCGAGGAGAGCCAGGAGCGCCAAGAGUACGAUGCGGAGAACUUCGAGAUAGAUGAAGAUGCGGCCCGACAAAUGGAGCUGUUUAUGAACAUGAAACAAGAACAGCGAAAAACCUUAGCCGAUAUAAUCAUGGAGAGACUCGCCGCUAAAUCGAGUGAGAUAAAAACUCAGUUCUCUGACGGCGCUCACGUCGAAGAUAUGGAUCCGAAGGUGGCGGAAAUGUACGACGGUGUGAGGGUAUUCCUAUCCAGAUACCGCGCCGGCAAGCUACCGAAAGCAUUCAAGAUCAUACCUUCACUCCAGAAUUGGGAACAGGUUCUGUUCUUGACGGAUCCAGACAAUUGGACGGCGGCCUCGGUAUACCAAGCCACGCGGCUUUUCGCAUCGAACCUCAAAGAACGCAUGGCGCAGAGGUUCUACAAUCUCGUGCUUCUUCCUCGGGUUCGCGACGACAUCGACGAAUACAAACGGCUGAACUUCCAUUUGUACCAAGCUUUGCGGAAGGCGAUUUUCAAGCCCGCGGCUUUCUUCAAGGGGAUCAUUCUCCCGUUGUGUGAGAGCGGCACGUGCACUUUGCGAGAGGCAAUUAUCGUGUCGUCGGUGAUCACGAGGAAUUCAGUACCAUAUCUUCAUGCCUGUGCGUGCAUGCUAAGACUCGCUGAGAUGGAGUACAGCGGAGCCAAUUCCAUUUUCCUUCGAGUUCUCAUCGACAAGAAGUACACGUUGCCAUACCGUGUCGUUGAUGCCCUUGUGUAUCACUUUCUCAGAUUUGAGAACGAUCGGCGGGAGCUACCUGUUUUAUGGCAUCAGUGUUUUUUGACCUUCGCUCAGAGAUACAAGCAGGACGUUUCGGAGGAGCAGAAGGAAGCUCUGCUGAAGCUGCUGAAGGUUCAUAAUCACCCGCAGAUCACCAAUGAUAUUCGAUACGAGCUGAACAACUCGACUUGUCGAGAAAGCUCCUAUCAAGCUGAGUCCAUGGAGUAAAAUAAAUGGGAUAAA